UUUGAAAUUUUACCUCAAUUUCGUAUUGAUUCUAAUUUGCGCGGCGAUGUUUUGAUUCGUUGUUCGGAUUGUGACUUUUACGUUCACAAGGCAGUUCUCUACUUUGCUUCGCCUUUCUUUCGAGCAAUUCUAGAUGGGGACUGGAAAGAGACGCACCCCUCUUUGCACACAAUAUCCUCUUCGGAAUCAUCUGUGGACAGUGCUUUAACGAGAAGCGAAGAUGAAGAACAGACAGACAAUUCUCCAGUAGAGGCAGAUAAAGCUGAAAAGCAAACAAAUACCGAGCCAGGUAGCGAUACUAUCAAAGAGGCUGAACGAAGAAACGACGCCACCAGAUCUCAACGCCUUCAAAAGAGAGAUCAAAAUCUUGUCGCUGUGAUUGAUCUGACCGAAGAGGAUGCUGCAACAUUUCAAGAUUUUUUGUGUCAUGUGUAUCCGAAUUUGGAUCUCAUUGUGACGUGGAUAAACAUCUUUCCACUUUUUGCUUUCUCCGAUAAAUUCGAAGUGCCAUUCUUACGUAGAGCCUGCACAACUUUCUUACGAGCAUCUUUGGCAGGAAGGCCGAUCGAUGCGAUGGCAUUGAGUGAAAGACAUGGAAUCGAAGAUGUAUAUCGAGAAGCAAGUAGACAUGUUUUGGAUAAUAUGCCUUCUUGGGCUCAAGAAGAAUUGGAUGUUUUAAGUCAAGAAACUUUAUUGAAAUUGGAAAGAAAACGAACAUGGUUUUUGGAAAGACUAUUGAAAUUAGGUUUAGCCAACCCAGCAAGAGAUUAUGAAUGUCAUUCAGCUUGUCCUGAUCCACAACAAUGUGCAAAAUUGUUGGAUGUUCGUUGGCAUUCACAAUAUGCUGCAGCAUUCAAAUAUGGUCCUCCUCAACCUUCGAUCAUCAUGCGACAUUUACGUGAAUUGGACGGAAAUGGAGCUCAUAGUCAAAGUAUGACAAUGUUGGCUUGUCAAAGUUCAAGUAAAGCAUGGGUGCAAAGCUUGUUCGAUCGUAUGUACGGCUUG